UCCGGGCCGGCAGGCGGGUAAGCGACCGUGCGGCGGCCAUGGAGGGCGAACCUCCCCCGUUGGAGGAGCGGCGGCGGCUGCGGGAGGAGCUGAGCGAGUUCGUGGAGAGCUGCUGCCGGACGCUGGAGGAGGUGACGGCGUCGCUGGGCUGGAGCCUGGACCGGCUGGAGCCCGGGGAGGAGGAGGCGGCCGAGGAUGAAGUUGCCAUAUGCCCUUAUGAUUCCAAUCACCACAUGCCUAAGUCGUCUUUAGCAAAGCACAUGGUAUCUUGUAGAUUGAGGAAACUGGGCUAUACCAAAGAAGAAGAGGAUAAAAUGUAUAAUUCUGACUUUUUCUAUGAGAAUGCGAAGAUACCUUCAGUUACCUUGAAUAAGGACUCACAAUUCCAGAUAAUUAAGCAAGCUAGAGAUGCAGUUGGAAACGAUGGUGAUUAUUACAAUCAAAGGAUGUGUUCUUCGUUGCCUGUUGAAGUUCCUCUGAAUCACAAACGGUUUGUUUGUGAUCUAACCCAAGCCGAUCGUCUUGCCCUCUAUGAUUUUGUAAUUGAGGAGACAAAGAAAAAGCGCUCAGAUUCGCAAAUUAUUGAAAAUGACAGCGAUCUCUUUGUAGACUUGGCUGCCAAAGUCAAUCAAGAUAAUAGUCGAAAAAGUCCAAAAUCUUACCUUGAAAUCCUGGCAGAAGUGAGAGAUUACAAAAGAAGACGCCAGUCCUAUAGAGCUAAGAAUGUUCACAUAACCAAGAAAUCCUAUACUGAGGUGAUUCGGGACGUGAUCAACGUGCACAUGGAGGAACUCAGCAGCCACUGGCAGGAGGAGCAGGAGAAAGCAGAGGACGACGCGGAAAAGAAUGAAGAAAGGCGGUCGGCUUCAGUAGACUCACGGCAGUCUGGGGGGAGCUAUCUGGAUGCGGAGAGUUCACGACAUAGAAGGGAUCGGAGUAGGAGCCCCCAUAAACGCAAAAGAAACAAAGAUAAGGAUAAACACUGGGACUCAAGAAGAAGGAAAGAGCGGGAUGGGGAAAGACAUCAUAGUCACAAAAGAAGAAAGCAAAAAGUAUAAACGAAGUAUUUGUGCGUGUAUUAAUUAUGCUUAUGCCAUGGUAACCAGUAUGCUGAUAUUUUUAUCAUAAUUGCUUUGAGUAGGAGAAUGUGCUUAUAUGAACUGUUUAGUGCUCAGGUCAUUAUUUUUCAAUCAAUACAUCUCAGCCAUGAGUACAUUGAUUAUGCCCUAGAACUUGGUUUUCCUUAUAUUUUAAUGGAUGAUUGCCUCCUGUUAGUGAUUUUGUUUCAUUCUUUUUUGAUAAUUUAUGUAUCAGAAAAUUCUUUAACUGAAGUGAAUAUUUAAACUAUAUAACUAAUACAUAAAUGCCUUCUUACUGUAAAAAAUUAAACCUUACAGACAAGGCUAAAGAACACCUGGAGACCUUCUCUGACCCCUGUGGCCCCCCCAGGGGUAACCACGGGUGAGCUGUAAAAGGGAAAAACAACCCAAAUAGUCAUCAGAAGGGGAAAGGCCUGGCUAAAUAAAAUGUGGUCUAGUCACGUGAUAGAUUACUAUAUUGGAUUUAAAGAAAUAAACUAUAUUAUCAUGAAUAGGUCUCAGAGACAUGCUAAAUGAAAAUAAACAAGUUUUAGAAACAUAUGUACAAGUUAUAUCUAUGUACAAAACAAUACUGUACAUCUUCUCUGGCUGUAUAUGUAUAUAAAUAUAUUUUUAAAGGUUCAGAAGAACUCAUCCCAAACUCCCAGCAGUGAUUAUUUGAGGGAGGAGGUGUAAAUGGGAGAGAGAAAGGAUGGCAACCAGGAUUGGAGGGCAGUCAAAGGGAGCUUCCGCUUAUCCAUUUUGCGUUAAUUUUUUAAAAAUAAGGUAGUAUUUGUGUUUCACGUGUUAAUUAAAAAUAUACUGUCGCUUUGUUUUUUGUAAAUAAAGUUGAUUGAGGUACUGUUUACAUACAGUAAAAUACAUUCCUUUUUAAGUGUACAUUUCAUUGAGUUUUGACAAACUUAUAGCCCCCACCAUGUAUCCUUCAUCUCAGUCAAGAUAGAGAACAUUUCUGUCUCCCUCAGAAGUUCCCUUAUACCCCUUUUCCCGAUCAGUUUCUCUACCACCAGCCCUCAACAACCACAGAUCUUUUUGUUACUGUUGAUUAGAUACAUCUUUUCUAGAAUUCACGUAAGCGGAAUGCUGCA